CCUAAUCAUAUUGGGAAUCCUAUUAAUUCUCUCUCUGGGUAUUCAUUCCCUCCAUUUAUCUAAAACGCUUUCGCUCGUUCUAAUAGAUUUGCAGGUUUUUCAAUUCUUGAAGAUCUCAUAGGCUCUGUCACGCUAUCUGUCUCCAGAUUUGUCGAAUUUCGUGGCAAUUUUUGCUUGGUUUCUUGGUCUCGUUGUUUUGAUCUCAUAAUAGAGCUUCGAUUCUGGCUAUUCUUCGCAUGGACUACCGAGUUUCAGAUAGCAGUGGUAAUAACAAGUACAUAUGGAGAUCCAGCAGGUGGUUCAUAUUAUAUGCUUGAAACGUGAUAUAAGAUUGUUUGUGUGGAGGUUUGAGAUCGUAGAAAAGGGACUAUUAUUCUGGACUGCUAAUUUGAUAGUGGAACUUGAAUUCUGAUGUAAAAACUUUUUAUAGAUGUAUAUGCUAUGGAGACAGCUUUAUUUUUAUUCAAGAAGAGGGUUUAAAGCUGCUGGGCUGUUUUUUGCUUAACCCUAAGAAGCAAGUUCCCCACGCCCAAAUCACCAAAAAACUGUUUUAAUUGAAGUUUUUUCUAUCGUAAUGUUCCUUUACAGCUCUCGGCAGGGAAGGACUCAAGUAUUCUUACUUGAGUAGAUCAUUUAUGGCAGGCAUGGAAAGACAACUAUAGCCUUACAUGAGUAAAUUAUUCACCAUAUCUCUUUCUAGUAACUUUGUUUAAAAUGACAUAACCUAUGUAAUAAAAAAUGACACCCUUCUUUACCAUCUUAGCUCGUUUAAUUUUUGUCCAUCUUUUGUGGAAUUAUAUGCUAAUUGCUAAGUUAAUAUAACACAUACUGGUUAGGAAAACAAUAAUGCAUUUGGCAGCAAUGAUUAAGUUACUUGAUCCGAGGUAGGGGUCUCAAUCACCAUGGGAACAGUCAGAUAAACCUGUGUACACCUGUCCUCUCCAGCUUGCAGUAUCGCAGGGAGUCGGGGACAUUGUGUAUUGAGUUUUACUUUCUACUCUCCUUUUUCCUUUGAUAUUUGAUGUGCCAUUAAUUAUAAAGAGUUUACUAGUCAGGUCUCUGACUGAAUCUCUUCAAUGCGAGUUGCCAUGAGGUACAUAUAUAGUUUUGUCUGCAACUGCAGGCACUGAUGAUGAUCUCCCUUCAUCACUUCAAAAUAGAAUUUCAAGAAGAGGACAUGUGACCGGAAAUGGAACAUCUGGGGUACGUUCUGCCCCAUAUUCUUUGCACAGCGACAUGGAGGCCCAAAUUCAUGUCCUUGAGCAAGAAGCUUACAUAGCUGUCCUGCGUGCCUUCAAGGCCCAGUCUGAUGCCAUCACCUGGGAGAUGGAGGGUUUGAUAACUGAACUUAGAAAGGAAUUGCGCGUAUCUGAUGACAAACAUCGAGAGCUUCUAACCAUGGUCAAUGGCGAUGAAAUCAUCCAAAGGAUAAGGGAGUGGAGACAAGCAGGUGGGAACCAAGCUGCCAGGUUUAGUGCCUCUCAGCCUGUCCACGAGGUUAUGCCCAGUCCUACUGUUUCAGCUUCUCGCAAGAAGCAGAAGACAUCCCAAUUGGGUCCUGGUAUAUCCUCAAAGAAUUCUGUGCAAUACCCUUCAACAGGUUUGGCAGCAAAUAGACGCUUCAUGGGCCAUGGAACCUCUGGUGCUUUUAUGUCAAAUGAACCUGCUGAACGGGCAACAUAUGGUCCAUUAAUUGGAAGUAAAGUUUGGACAAGAUGGCCCGAAGACAACAACUUCUAUGAGGCUAUUAUAACUGAUUACAACCCUUCUGAGGGCCGGCAUGCCUUAGUCUAUGAUAUAAAUACAGCAUCUGAGACCUGGGAAUGGGUUGAUCUCAAGGAGAUCUCUCCCGAGGAUAUCAGGUGGGAAGGUGAGGGUCCAGGCAUAUCUCAUAGUGGGGCCCUUGGGCUGGAAGGCCGUGGGAUUAAUAAUCCCAUGAGCCGUGAUCGCUUUAUUCCAAGUAUUGGAAGAGGAAGGGGGUCCUUGAAGGAGCAUUCAAAAAUAGAAUUUCGCCCGUCACAGAAUGGUGUUCCAAAUAAAAUGGCGGAUGACAUUGAAUUACUAAACACAGAGACACUAGUAAGAGAGGUGGAGCAGAUCAUUGUUUUGAGUGUUCUAGAUCCUCUUGAGCUUGAGAAGGCAAAGAAUAUGCUCAAAGAGCAAGAACAUGCACUUAUCAAUGCUAUUGCAAGGCUUGCAGAUGCUUCUGAUGGUGACAGUGAUGGCGAACAGCCUUUUUCAAACGGGUGAUGGAACGGAGAGGUGCAAUGUAGUUAUAUGAACCCUGCGGUUUUGGGAAACAGUCGAGGUUUGUAUCAUCAGGAUUGGGAUGGUUGAAUUGAACAGAUGAUGGCUUUGAAGCUGGUAAUUAUGUUGUGGGCCUGUGGCGGUCGUUAAGCGAGCGCUUAUGGUUUCAGAGUUGGGUGACUGAAAGUGAGCACCAAAUAAAAUAACCAGCAAAAUGAUGAUGAUGAUCUUGAUGACGUAUUCUGUUUCUAAUUCUUUUUGAGGUGGGAAGAAAUAUCUGCUUAUUUCUCGAUGCCUUUUUCAUUCGGACAUUGAUUGUGUACUAUACUGGCAACUGGCACCCCUUCUGAAGAUACAAAAAAAUCUCAUUUUCCCUAAUGAAUAAGUUCAAACCCAACUUGCCUCCUUUUGGGAGACACUAUUCAAA